GGCCGACGUCAAAUCAUCCCGAAUCAUCGCUAUCUGAUAGCCUGUCACGGGCUGGCUGUCUAUUCACAUCGCUACUCUCUGACUGUGUCUGGAUUUCAACAGCGAGCAUCCCCAUACUGGGAGCUUGGAAAGGUAUAAAGUGUCCUGGACACAACGCACCAUCCGACUCGACCGACGUGGGUGACAACGUGCGACGUGUGGUCCCAAUCUAUAACGCAAAUGCGAUGCUGCAGAAUCUAUAUUCUCCCAAGCUAGACUACACGCCAUAAGAUUCAGCAAAUAUGCCUGGAAAUGGUGUCGAGGAUGAUUCUGAGCCCUCCCUAUCGAUAUCCGAGCUUAAGUCGAGGUUCGAGAGGCUCUCGGGAGGGCAAAGCGUAUCCAACAAGGGCGGGCCGACGAAUCCAGGUCAGAGAAUUCGUCAGGGCAUGUCUGGCGUGCGGCCUGCUGAGGGUGGAGCAGAAAAGGUCAUAGAGACACCUUCUUCUGAAGCAAGCAAUGUCGCUGAUUCGGCAUCUCAGAGCAGCUCCCGUACACAGCCUGCGAAACCUGUCAAGCCCAAGCCCAUGGUGCCGUCGAAGACUUCGAUCGUUCGGCCGUCAACUAUUCCAUCAGCAGAUUUGAUUGACUUUGCCCGAGGAGAUUCUGCGCAAUUGGAACUCUCGAGCGCUGGCGAUGAACCCAAGUCUGCAAGGAGGUCUGCCCUAAUACCACCGGUGUCGAAAGCCACGACGCAGAUUCUCAGCGCUCAAAGCAGUCGCACGGUCUCGCCGGUACCUUCGCCCGCUGCUGCAACUGAUGACUCGGAUCAGAAAGCACCGUCCGUCAGACUUAUGAAGGAGAAACUCGUAGCGAUUGAUGGCGCAGGGCGCAGCGAACAGACUAAUACCAGGGACAAUAUGCGAGGCAGUACACCACCGGGAGAGGUGGUCCGAGUGGGACUCAGCGACCCCAAUCCUUCCGAUUCCCCCGGCGGUUCCACGCAGAUUCCGCCGCGAGCCUCGCCCAUACCACCUCCUCAGCCAAGUAGAUCAACUAAGCCAAGCAGGCCGGUCUCACCUCAACCUCUGCUGGUUUCAACCUCAUCAGACUUGCUGUCUUCUUCUCCUGCGUCUCUUGCUUCUCCUCUUCAGUCUAUUUCCCGAAAGCCAUCCACCACCGGACCCACGUCCGUAUCCUCUGGCCCGCCACCUAUACCACCUAACAGGCCUAGCUCAUCGACUUCGACGGACGAAGUAGCUCCUUCUGCCUCCCGCUCCACUUCAGAAGAUACUUCGACCCCUCCUCGACUACCUUCUCGCUCGCGAACGCAGACAAUGACCAAGCUUCAAGCAAACAAAGCUCCGCCGCUGCCUACCCGCGCUCCGACAUUGGAGAUGCCGAGCCUUCAAGCUCCUCGUCUACCUCCAACUUCCAAAUCUCUGCCUGUUCCCAGCGUUUCGUCCAAUACCGGAUCAUUCAAUGCUCACAGCCGAGCAAUGCCUCCAACUCCUCCAUCUGAUGACUACGUACCGCCUCCGCCUCCAACGCGAAGCCUGAACCCGUCUUCGCAGUCGAGUAUAGCGAGAAAACCGAGUAGGCGAGAGACGAUGACUUUGAUCGACUAUGGUGCAUCCUCCGAAGAAGAAGAGGAAGCUGGUCCGGCUACAGCUAUGGCACAAUCAACACUGGCCAAAAGGGCGAUGGAUGAGCUGCCUGACACUACACACGCAAACAAGCGCGCUCCUGGUUUCAGUCCAGACGUGCAUCUCCGUCAUCCUCAUCAGAUCAACUCCUUCGCGGUCUUUGGCCGAUUCGUAUGUACCGGCGCGCAUCACGUCAGAGUCUACGACACACAGAUGUCUGAGCGGCCAAUUUUUGUGGUUGAUUUGAGAGACACUGGUUUGGAAUUCAGGAUCAAAGAUCCGAAAGUCACCGCCAUGUGUUUUCGACCAACCCUGGAACGUAUGGAUCAAGGCCGAUACUUGCUAUGCGGGACCAAGGACGGCCAUUUGUGGUGCUUGGACGUCAUGACAGGUGAAGUGACGGAUUCUCGCUCUUGGGUGCAUGGCGCUGCCAUAAGUCAUAUUUUCCGGCACAAGAAUUGGAUAUUGACCCUGGAUGAGAUGGGCAAAAUGCACAUUUACCAAGUGACACAGGAUGAUGAUCCCUCCAAGAUCCCCAAUCAAGUUCGGACGGCCCGUGUAGGUGACAAAUUCACUUUUGCUAGGGUUCUCUCUGGCCGUUUAUGGACUGGUGGAGCGCCGGCAACGAGGUCGACUACGAACGCAUCGACGGCGAAAGGGCCCACAAUCCGCGUAUACGACCCUUGCAUUGAAGGUGCCAUGCCUCCGCCUCGGUCUGCUCAAACCACUGAAUGGUGUGGUGCGGUGACUAGUGGCGCAACCUGCCCAUUUGACCCUGACAAGGUCUAUCUCGGUCACGAAGGAGGUUUCAUAUCCAUCUGGUCGGCCGCGGAUGUCACCUGCCAACAGGUCUUAAAGGUGUCCUCGACGGACAUUCUAGCACUUGAAGGCGUAGGCGGUAGACUUUGGUUCGGAACACGCAAGGGCCAGAUCAAUGUCUGCAAUGUUUCGGAAGUACCUUGGGAGACAACCAACAUUUGGACCGCACACUUUGAUUCGCCCAUAUACCAUUUGGCUUUUGAUCCCUGGUCAAUUGAAAAUUCUGGACGUUUCGCGGUCUACUCUACGACUCGGGACUCUGUACGCGCUUGGGACGGUUUGCUAUCCGUCGAAUGGAUCGAUAAGCAGAUGGACCUUCGUCAGCCGGAAUAUUGUACUUUCCGGGAUGUGAAGGCUUUGAUCUGCACCUGGAAUAUCGACAGUGCGAGACCUCAGGAUCUGAGCGGUUCAGAGGCUAACUCGUCCUUUUUCGAUGAACUAUUCGGAUCCAUCGACAAACCAGACAUUAUUGUAUUUGGAUUCCAAGAGGUCAUACCUCUUACCGACAAAAAGUUGACGGCUAAAACCCUCCUGUUCGGGAACAAGAAAGAUGUGGGGGCGUCUAACGACAAAGUCUCGGUCGCUUAUCGAAUGUGGACGGACAAGUUCACUCAGGUCCUGAGGAUGGUGUAUCCUGAUCAACAGUAUAUCAAAGUCCAAUCAGAAAGUCUGGUUGGCUUGUUGACUUGCGUGUUUGUCAAGGCCGAUGAGAGGAAUGCUCUCCGAGACGUGCAGAUUUGCACGGUAAAGCGAGGUAUAGGCGGUAUCUACGGCAACAAGGGUGCCAUUAUAGCCAGGAUGAUAAUGGACGACACCUCGCUCUGUUUUGUCAAUGUCCAUCUCGCCGCGGGUCAGUCAGCAAAGGCCUCGCGGAAUGCAGACAUCGUUGGAAUCAUGGAGGAAAGAGCGAUAUUCCCCUUAUCGGAAGACGGGGAGGCUGGCAUGGCCUUUGAGCAUGGUGGUGACGGUACAGCGAUUCUUGACCAUGAGAUUGUGGUUCUCAAUGGUGAUCUUAACUACCGGAUCGAUCAGCGUCGCGAGACCGUUCUACAGAGCGUAGCCGCCAACGACCUGUCUUUCCUCCUUGAGAACGAUCAGCUCAACAAGGAGAUGCGCUUCAACCGAUCGUUCCGAUUGCGGACGUUUACCGAAAUGCCCAUCAAUUUCGCUCCCACGUACAAGUAUAAUCCACACAGUCAAGACUAUGAUUCUUCAGAAAAGAAUCGAAUCCCAGCAUGGUGUGAUCGCGUUCUAUACACUUCGAACCCCAGGAUCAAGGCGCUCUCUUACAGACGGUACGAGCCUACGGUAUCGGAUCACCGGCCUGUAUCUGCCGGAUUGCAGUUUACUCUGAAAAGAGUCGAUGGUGAUUUGAUGACCGAGGUCAGACGGGACGUCGGAGCUCAAUGGGCGAAGAAGGAGAUGGAAAUGUUGCAGAAAAUGGCGGAUGUGUUUGCCAGUUUAUGGUAGGCGGUUCUGAUGCGCGCAAGUUGAUGUGUUC